AGAGAAGGGAAAACUAAACCCAAGCCAACGUCCCAACCCAAAGAAAGGAAGGAAGAAAGAAAGGGAGGGGAAGGAAGAGGGGAAAACUCUUUAUCAUCAUUCUCUCUCUCCUCCUCUUCUCUUUCUCUCUCAUCGGACAGAAGGGAAAACAAAUAAACAAAAUAAAAAAUUAGAAAAGAGGGAAGAAAAGAAGGGAAGGUGGUGGUGGUGGGGGGAGAGCUGGAAUCACAUGGUCUUGUUCUUCCUCUUCUUGUCUCCUCCGUUCUCUCUCUCUCUCAUCUCAUCUUCUUCCUCUCCUUGGGUCACCACUACACAACUCUCUCUCUCUCUCUCUCCUCCAAUGAUCUCCCCUCUUAAAGCUAUCCACUGAUUGACUGCCGACUCCCUUCUCUCUCUCUCCCCCUCCCUCCAUCUCGCCAGCCAUGGCUGCUCCGGCCGACGAUAAGGAGAUUUCUGCCCAUGGCAACGAUCCAGUCACCGGGCACAUUAUUUCGACCACAAUUGGGGGUAAAAAUGGAGAACCAAAGCAGACCAUCAGUUACAUGGCAGAGCGUGUUGUAGGGACUGGAUCGUUUGGUAUUGUUUUCCAGGCUAAAUGCUUGGAGACUGGGGAGACCGUGGCAAUUAAGAAAGUUCUACAGGAUAGAAGAUACAAGAACCGUGAAUUACAGCUGAUGCGAGUGAUGGAUCACGUCAAUGUGAUUUCCUUGAAGCAUUGCUUCUUCUCCACAACAAGCAACAAUGAGCUGUUCCUCAACUUGGUCAUGGAAUAUGUACCUGAAAGCAUGUAUCGGGUGCUAAAGCAUUACAGCAAUGCCAAACAGGCGAUGCCACUUAUUUAUGUCAAACUUUACGCAUACCAGAUUUUCAGAGGAUUGGCAUAUAUUCACAAUGUUACUGGAGUUUGUCACAGGGAUUUGAAGCCUCAAAACGUUUUGGUUGAUCCCCUCACUCACCAGGUGAAGCUUUGUGAUUUUGGAAGUGCAAAAGUGCUGGUCAAAGGUGAAGCAAACAUAUCCUACAUCUGCUCUCGAUUCUAUCGAGCUCCUGAGCUUAUAUUUGGAGCCACAGAGUACACUACAUCAAUUGAUAUUUGGUCAGCUGGCUGUGUUCUUGCUGAGCUUCUUCUUGGUCAGCCAUUGUUUCCUGGAGAAAAUGCGGUGGACCAGCUUGUUGAGAUUAUUAAGGUUCUGGGCACGCCGACUCGAGAAGAAAUUCGCUGCAUGAACCCUAAUUAUACUGAUUUUAGGUUCCCCCAGAUAAAAGCCCACCCUUGGCACAAGGUGUUCCACAAAAGGAUGCCUCCAGAGGCAAUUGAUCUUACCUCUCGGCUGUUGCAAUAUUCGCCAAGUCUUCGCUGUACAGCUUUGGAAGCAUGUGCUCAUCCUUUCUUUGAUGAGCUUAGAGAUCCUAAUGUCCGCCUACCAAAUGGCCGGCCUGUGCCAACUCUCUUCAAUUUCAAGCAGGAGCUAAAUGGGGCUUCUCCUGAACUGGUUAACAAGUUGAUCCCAGAUCACGUCAAGAGGCAAAUGGGCUUAAACUUUAUGGCCGGAACCUAAUAUGGAUUAGGAGCGGGGCGGUGAAAUGAAUUCAAUAGUGUAUCUGCCGGUGGUUUACCCCUGAGAUAACACAGCGGGGGCUUAUUAUCUUCAAUGUUUUGACAAAUGAUAUGCACAGCUCUGCCUAACCCAGGACCACUUCUUCCCCCCUCCCUCCUAGACCUGAACAGGAUCAUCUGUGGACGCUCAGCUGAACGAAAGGAAAGCUAGUGAUGUUUCAUUCUUCUCCACGUUAUUUCUUUUUCCGCGUCACAUCUCCCUGUCAUCAUCUCCUCCUUUUUCACUUGUAUGCUCUCUUCUGUUCUUUUUUCUUCUGUCUGUAAAUGUCUGAUAGUAAAAAUAGCCUUUAUAUAGCCUGGGCAGCAGCAGCAGCAGCAGCUGAGGUAAAACAAAAAGCUUUUGAGAGAGGAAGUGUACUUGUAACUAGGAUGAGAAAAGGCCUCUGAAUUUUGGGAUGGCCCUCGGGAGGUGGUGGAAGAAGAAGGGAUUGGUCAUUGGUGGGUGUGUUGGGGUGGCGGGUGUUCCUUUGUUUUGGUAUUUUGUGCUUCUUUCCUGCAUUGUCGUUGUUCCUAUCUUUUGUUCUUCUGUCAAGUGACUUGAUAAUAUGCAACAAUUUGUCACUACGUCUUGUCCCCAAAAGUGUAAUGAAUCAUUAUUAUUGUUUCUACUUGUGUUCUUAGGUUUAGUAGCUGUUUUUCUGUUUCCUUGAUGAUCUAUGCUGUGCAGUACAUAGACUGGCUUGCAAAAGUAGCAGCUUGGGGACAGGGUUGGUGUACUUCGAAAUGGAGACUUUUUUGAAUGGGUCAUUUCGUCCCGAGUUUUCCCGCUAUGUGGCGGGAAUUUCAAGGUAGUGGGUGGCUUGCUGUUGCUGUUGGUGUUGAAAUCCUCAAUGGCGUUGAUUCCUGCAACAAGGCAAGGCUGUGGGCUGUGGAGUCGAGUGGAGGGGUCAAAGUAGUGGAAAUCGGCGGGUCGUAAAGCAAGCAAUCAAUCAAUCAGCAGCUUGGGGGCCGGUAAAGCAAUUAAAUUCAAUUGAAUGAUAGAGAAUUGAAUUCAUAGGGUUAAGUUAGUGGCGGAACUAGAGACAAGCAGACCAUCUCUGUCAUUUGCCCGAAUCUCUAGACUUUCUUGAGCUCUUUUAACAAAAACCCUCAAUCUUCAUCAUUGUUUAAUCCAUG